AUGUCAGCAUUUGUGAGACUAAUUGAUAGAUUCAAAAGGUCUUCAAGUGAAGUAGAUUCACAAGAAGCAAUCUUUAGAUCAGCACCAAUGACAUUAGUACAAUUUUAUGUUACAAUAGAAUUAGCAAGAGAUAUGAUUAAUGUUUUAGGGAAUUUAUCAAAUGUUCAAUUUAGAGAUUUAAAUUCUAAAUUAUCCCAAUUUCAACGGACUUUCAUUAAAGAAUUACGUAAUAUAGAUCAAAUGAAUAUUCAAUUGACAUAUCUCUAUAAAAUCAUGAAACAACAUCAAGUAGUUAAACAGGGUUUGCAUGGGGGGUUAACUGCUGAUUUGAGACCAUUACCAACCAGUUCUGAAUUUGAUGAGAUUAAAGCCAAAUUGAAUGAAUUCCAUAGUAGAAUUAAACAUUUAUAUCAAUCUUAUAAUAGUCUUAAUAAUCAAAAAUUGAAAUUAAUUGAAAAUAGAUUGGUAUUAAAUACAAUUAAUCAAUUUCAUAAAUCAACUUUAGUUGAUUAUCAUAAUGAUAGACAGAGCUUUGAGCAACAUGAUCUUGAAGAUGAUGAUGACAAUGUUGCUUUAUUGCAUGAAAGGACUAAUAAUAGUUUAGAAAUUGGGAUGGAAAGUGAUUCAUCAGAUGCAUUUGAUUCUAUAACGGGUACCAUAUCAAGAGAUAAGGUCCCAGUAUUAAGAAAUAUUUUAUGGAGAACACUUAGAGGUAAUUUAUACUUUCAUGACAUUCAAUUAGAUGGAAAAUUCCCCACUGAUGCUUCCAAAGAAAACUCAGAAAUGAUUGAAAAGAAUGUCUUUAUAAUUUUCAUCCACGGGGAUAUAUUACGUCUCAGAGUACGUAAGAUUAUUGCAUCUUUAGAUGGAAUCAUUUUUGAUAAUGUGAUUGGUGGUAGUCUGGCUCGUCAAGCCACAUUGGAAGAAUUGAAUCAUAAAAUUCAUGAUUUGAAUAAUGUCGUUGAAAGUACUAAUCAACAAUUAAUCACCGAACUAUUAUUGUUUCAAGAUUUAUAUCCUAAUUAUUGUUAUAAUUUACAACGAGAGAAAUUGAUUUAUGAAACCUUAAAUAAAUUUGAUGAAGAUAGUACUAGAAGAUGUUUAGUUGGUGAAGGUUGGAUUCCAAAAAGUGAUUUCCAUAAGAUUAGACAUACUUUAAGAAACUUAAUCAAAGAAAAAACAAGACAUAAUCAACCAGGUGGUUCUAGUUCAUCCACCUCAUCACAAGACUCCAUUCCAUUCACAACCACAACCACAUCGGCAUCAUCAACCUUGAUAGAUACAGAAACUUCCUUAUUCGUAAUUGGAGACUCCGAUCACGAAUUACUCGACGAUGACGAAGAUCUCGAUGAUCAUGACGACGAAUACGGGACAUUAAUCGCAGUAGUCAAUGAACUUUCUACCAACCGUACCCCACCCACUUUUCAUCGAACCAAUAAAUUCACUUCGGCAUUCCAAUCAAUCAUUGACGCCUAUGGAAUCGCGACUUAUCAAGAAGUCAACCCCGGUUUGGCCACCAUUGUGACAUUUCCAUUUAUGUUUUCUAUCAUGUUUGGUGAUCUCGGACAUGGGUUUAUUGUAUUUUUGAUUGCUGUUUAUUUAAUCAUCAAUGAAGUUGGAUUCGGAAUGAUGAGAAACAAAGAUGAGAUAUUUGAGAUGGCAUUUAAUGGAAGAUAUAUUAUUUUACUUAUGGGUGUUUUUUCAAUGUAUACUGGAUUGAUAUAUAAUGAUAUUUUCUCCAAAUCAAUGGCGCUUUUCAAAUCGGGUUGGGAAUGGAAAUUUCCAAAAGAUUAUGUGGCUGGUACGACUUUGAUUGCCGAAAAAGUGGUGGGGAAAACUUAUGCAUUUGGAUUAGAUUGGGCCUGGCAUGGAACUGAGAAUAAUUUAUUGUUUACUAAUUCAUAUAAGAUGAAACUAUCGGUGUUGAUGGGAUAUAUCCAUAUGAAUUAUUCGUUGAUGUUUAGUUUGGUUAAUUAUUUGUUUUUCAAUAGUAGAGUGGAUAUAAUUGGGAAUUUCAUUCCUGGGUUUUUAUUUAUGCAAAGUAUAUUUGGCUAUUUAUCACUUUGCAUUGUGUAUAAAUGGACCGUUGAUUGGUUUGGUACAAAUAGACAACCACCGGGAUUAUUAAACAUGUUGAUUAAUAUGUUUUUAUCACCCGGUACAAUUGAAGAACAAUUAUAUCCAGGACAAAAAUUCAUCCAAGUCGUCCUCGUACUCAUUGCUGCCGUUUGUGUCCCUUGGUUAUUGAUAUAUAAACCAUUAACAUUAAAGCGUCAAAACGAUCGUGCCAUACAAUUGGGUUAUUCAGAUAUCCAUUCCCAACGCCAUCAUUCAUUCCAAUUAGAAGAAGAAGAACGCGCAUUACAACUCCAAGAUGAUCUUCUUAAUAACGAUCCAUCUACGUCUGAUGAUGAGUUCCAUUUCCCCAAUGAUAUCGAACCAAUGUUUCAUUCCGCCGGUGCGGCUCAUGGAGACGAUCAUGAUGGGUUUAAUUUCGGGGAUAUCGUCAUUCAUCAAGUUAUUCAUACUAUUGAAUUCUGCUUGAAUUGUGUUUCCCAUACUGCUUCAUAUUUGAGAUUGUGGGCUUUGUCAUUAGCUCAUGCCCAAUUGUCGACGGUGUUAUGGUCGAUGACAAUCCAGAAUUCAUUUGGAAGAACUGGUACUGUGGGUGUCGUGGCCACGGUGGUGUUGUUUGCCAUGUGGUUUAGUUUGACUGUUUGUAUUUUGGUGUUGAUGGAGGGGACAAGUGCCAUGUUACAUUCGUUGAGAUUGCAUUGGGUGGAGGCUAUGUCAAAGUUCUUCCAGGGUGAAGGAUAUGCAUAUGAACCAUUUAGUUUUAAAGAGAUUGAUGUGUAG